GGUCUGCACAAGCAGCGGAGAUGGCAGAAGCUUCUGCGGACGCUGCGACUCAGCCAGUGACCGGGAAGAAAAAGAAAAGUCUGUCCAUUGAGGAAAAGAUUGACAUUAUAAACGCUGUGGAAAGCGGCAAGAAAAAGGCAGAGAUCGCAGCUGAAUACGGAAUAAAGAAAAAUUCAUUGUCUUCCAUUAUGAAAAAUAAAGACAAAGUCCUAGAAGCCUUCGAGUCUCUGAGAUUCGAUCCGAAGAGGAAAAGAUUGAGAACAGCCUUUUACACGGAUCUGGAAGAGGCCCUGAUGAGAUGGUAUCGAAUUGCUCAGUGUCUAAACGUUCCAGUUAAUGGUCCAAUGUUGCGCCUGAAAGCUAAUGAUUUUGCCCAGAAGCUGGGACACAAUGACUUUAAGUGCAGCAACGGUUGGCUGGAUCGUUUUAAGUCCAGGUAUGGCUUAGUAUUCAGAGCACAGCCUGUAGAAGCCACGGGCAUAUCUAUCGACCCUUCGACUGUCUGGUACCAAAAUGUGCUUCCUUACUACUUAAAUGAUUAUCAUCCUAAAAAUGUUUUCAAUGUGAAAGAAACCGGGCUGUUCUACCGAAUGUUGCCUACGAACACUUUUGCAUUCAAAGGAGAAACGUGUUCAAUUGGAAAAUUGUGCAAAGACAGGAUAACGCUGGCCGUCGGGACGAACAUGGACGGCUCGGAGAAGCUCCCUUUGCUCAUCAUCGGGAAGAACCGAACCCCACGUUGUUUCAAAGGUAUAAAAUCAUUGCCUGUGUAUUAUGAAGCUAACAGAAUGGCAUGGAUGACAGCAACCAUAUUUGGACAGUGGAUGCAGAAGCUUGAUGAGAAAUUCCAAGCCCAGAGACGAAGAGUGGUGAUUUUUGUCGAUUCUUUCCCGGCGCAUCCAGAGGUGAAAAACCUGAAGUCCAUUGAGUUGGCGUUCUUCCCACCGUGCUUGUCUCCCGAGCUCGCAGCUAUGAAACAAGGUGUUAUUAAAAGCCUGAAAAUCAAAUAUCGGCAUUGCCUUAUCAAGAAAUUUUUAAGUUCUGUCGAAAAUAGCAACGAAUUUACAUUUUCUCUGCUGGAUGCUGUAGACACGUUGCAUCUCUGCUGGAGAGCUAUAGCCCCCGAGACCAUUGUUAAAAGCUAUGAAGAAGCAGGAUUCAGGUCUCCAAAGGAAGAAAACGACACACCAAAUGCAGAGAACGAUGACGCUGACGCUGACGCUGACACUGACGCUCUUGAUCUGACUGCAGAUGCUCUUGGGGCCGGAGUGGAAUUUCCUGCAGGUUUGUCCAUAGAGGAAUACGCUGCCCUGGAUGAGGACCUGGAGACCUGUGAAGCCGCCCCGAAUGAGGAUGCAGGGUGGACCGGAGAAAGUAAACAAGACGAAACUGGCUUUUAUACUUCUGAUGAAGAGGAGGGGGACAGCGGAGCUCUAGAAGCGGGCCUGCCCUUACCUUCCAAGAAUGAAGCCAUCACAGCUGUAGGCACUCUGAAAAGGUUUCUCAGGAGUCGUAAUAUGACCGAUGAACUUCACAAUGCUUUAGCGGAUCUUGAAAAUUUUAUCAACGCGUUGCCACCUAAAUAG